UAGAACCCAUUACCCACCAAUACAUCAACACCACUAUUCAUGUUCUACCAAAACGACAUGUUUCAGCUAUUAUACAAUGAUCGGAUGAUACCCCUUCUGAUUCCUCAGUAUACAGGAAAGGCAAAGAGGGAGAGAAAGAAGAAGGAAGUUUUGUGCUGAGGGAACCGUGCUCUGCUAGUUUCUUGAGCCAUUGAUUUUCUUUUAUUUUAUAAACCCUAACGCCUACGGGAGACAAAGCGAAAGAGAAGCGAAGGCGGUGGUUGAAGAAGAAGAAGCGAUGGCGAAGUCAAUGAGGUCGAAGAAAGAGAAGAGGCUUCGAGCGAUUCGGAGAGAGAUAGUGGAGCCCUUCUUCGACAACAAAGACGCCGCUAAGCUCGCUGCUCAGGAGGCUGCCCUCGCCGCCCCUAAGCUCCCCGCCCGUCCCUCUUCUACAAGUACCGAUACCACUACAACUACAAACGCUAUGGAUGUGGAGAUGGCUGAUGAAAAUCAAAACUUGCAUUCUUUAAAGCCUACCGGUGGAAUAGGGAAGAAGUCCAAUAGGAAAUUCAAGAUGGGUAAAGGCAAGCGCCGUGGUAAGGGCAUUAGGAGGAAGCACCAUAUUUGAUUCCAUAACAGAUACUUGGUAAUUGACAUUUUUCUCCUACUGUAUUAAUGGCUUCUUGUGGCCUGUGGGCAAUCUUGGUACUUCUAAGAUAGGUGUUUUUUGUAUUCUGAUUUUGUUUCCAAGGGAUUUAAGUUCAGAAAGUUGUUGAGUGACAUGAAUGUAAACUAUCUUUUUUCUUUUAUCAGAAUUUAUAAAUGUCAAUGGAUGAAUUUUUUUCCCA